GAGGAAGUAACAGGAUGAGCCACAUGGAGGAGAACUUUAGCCCUGAGGAUGCUCGGUCUCAGCUGGUGACUAAAAGAAAACUCCUCAAGAUGCUCAGCUUAAGCCCAGGGCACAGCCAAGCCCGUGGAACCGAAACAAGGGAGAAGAAAAUGCCAUCAGUGACGUGGCCAGUGAAACCAGUACAUGCCAUCAAGAAACGCAAAGCCUUCUUGGUACAUCGAGGUACCCAGACCGAAGAGAUCCCCGAUAUUUGCAUCGAAUGUGGGAAGGUCUUCAUCCAGAACUCCAGCCUGAUCAGCCCAUGGCCAGUCCAGAGUGAUGACAAACCACACAAAUGCUCCGAAUGUGGGAAAAGCUUUACCGUCCGUUCCAGCCUCAACAGACAUCAGAGAAUCCACACCGGGGAGAAGCCGUACAUAUGUCUCGACUGCGGCAAGCGAUUCAAUGAUAAGUCCAACCUCACUCAGCACCAGCGGAUCCACACUGGCGAGAAGCCCUAUGAGUGCAUUGACUGUGGCAAGAGUUACAGCCGCAGCUCUCACAAGAAGAAGCACCUGAAAGACCCAGCGGAAGAGCAGCAGGAAGUUUGCGCCCAGGUGGACGGGGCCAAUGCCAGCGCCGUCGACGAGAAGCCCAAAGCGAAACAGAAAGCAGAAGUGCUGAACACGUGUACUGAGUGCCUGCGAAGCUUCGGCCACAACGCCGACCUGAUCAAACACAUGCGUAUCCAUACGGGGGAGAAGCCCUACAAGUGUAACAUCUGCGAGAAGAGCUUCAACGUUAGUUCUAAUCUCUUCCGACACCAGAGAAUCCACACCGGCGAGAAGCCGUACGUGUGCUCCGAGUGUGGGAAUUGCUUCACUGACAAAUCAACCCUAGUUCAGCACCAUCGGAUCCACACUGGGGAGAAGCCUUAUGCUUGCCGGUUCUGUGGCAAAUGUUUCAGCCACAGCUCCCACCAUAAGAGACAUGAGAAGAUCCACAACCGAGAGAAUCCCUUGUUCGCCUACCCGAUCCCGUUAAGAACUUUCCAUUUCAUAAUGCCUCCAAAAAGAUCCAGAGGGAAACUUCCUCCAAUAUCCAGUCAUAAAAGACGUCUGAAGGGUCGGUGGAAGUUGGAAGACCAGCAGAAGAGCCUGCUUUUGGCAGAAGAGAAAGGCAAAGAGAAAGGCAAAGCAGGGACCCCCAAUAAAAGGGCCAGGAAGCGAAAGGGCACCACUGCCCCCCAGAGGAGUUAUUCAGGGGAGAACCCUAACAUCUGUACGGAGUGCGGGCAAACCUUUGCUCAGAGUUUGGAUCUGAUGAGCCACCAGAGAAUCCAUGCAGGAGAAAAGCCACAUAAAUGCUCUGACUGUGGGAAAGCAUUUAGCGUCAGUUCCAACCUGAGCAGGCACCAGAGGGUUCACACAGGGGAGAAGCCACAUCUUUGCUCAGAGUGUGGGAAAAGUUUCACAGACAAGUCGACUUUGGAUCAACAUGUGCGAACCCACACAGCAGAGAAACCCUACCAGUGUAUUGAUUGUGGGAAAACCUUUAGCCGUAGUUCCCAUCACAAGCGGCAUCUGAAGAGCCCGCCAGGGAAAUGGCAGAGCAAUUGCACUCCCCCAGAGACCACUGCGGUCAGCAACUCCACCAGCUCAGCUCCUGGCCGCGCUCAAAGGAGCAGAGUUCCUAAGAAGCAAGACUCUCCCUUUGAAAUCCCCCACACGUGUGCAGAAUGCUGGCAGAGCUUCAACCAGACCUCAGACCUGGUCAAACACAUGCGCAUCCACACGGGCGAGAAGCCUUUUGAGUGCAACCAUUGUGGGAAGUGCUUCAACGUCAGCUCCAACCUCAUCCGGCACAAGAGGAUCCACACAGGGGAGAAACCCUACACCUGCUCUGAUUGUGGGAAGAGCUUCACUGACAAAUCCACCCUCACGCAGCAUAACCGCAUCCACACGGGAGAGAAACCUUAUACCUGUAGUUACUGCGGGAAGAGCUUCAGCCGGAGUUCUCAUCACAAGAGGCACCAGAGGAUCCAUGCGGGAGAAAAUCCGGUCUCUUUCCUGCCCCUGUGGCCUUAUCCUAACCAAAUGUACUGAGAGCCAUUCUGCUGGGCAAGGCAGAAUUUCCACUAGACCUCUGCAGCUGAUGGUUCAAUCUUGGUUUCACACUUGCACACAGGUAUUUGGAUACAAAGCAGGAAAGGUGUUUUGGGUCUGGUGUGGGCACACUCACUCUACCUGUCGGUGGCUCUUUAAGGAAAAGUGUCACACAGUGAGACCUGAUAAAGGUGUAGCUUCUUUAAGUUGCUGCUGACAGGCAUGUCACAGCAGACCUAAAACACCUUUCCCAUUUUAGAUCAGAGUGCUAUACAUGUAGUCCUUGUUUAGUGACUGCCUCAUUUAGUGACCAUUU